AUGAUGAGCGUAUCCAAGCCUGUCAAGAUCAAAACCGUUUUAACCUGCAUUUGCAUAUUUAGAUUCGCGUCAGUUACAGUAGCUGAGACGCCAUUGGUUUUUACCACAUCUGGAUUGGUUGCCGGGAACCGACGGACGGUGAGCCAGCGUGAGGUCGAUGUUUUCAGUGGUAUUCCGUUCGCACAGCCUCCCGUGGGAAAUCUUCGCUUCAGGAAACCAAUCCCAGCUGCCUCCUGGAACGUAACGUACAACGCCACGAAUAAGCCGACGCCAUGCAUCCAACUCUACGUGGGCCUCUCUGAAGCAGCUAGUGUCAAUUACUCGAAUACUUCCGAGGACUGCCUCUAUCUGAACAUCUGGAGGCCAGCUAGUGUCUGCAACGGAUUAACGAAGUGCCGGGCGAGGUUGCCGGUGGUGGUUUUCAUUCAUGGUGGCGCAUUUCAAUGGGGAGACUCCUCCCUCCCUGCCUAUGACGGCAGCAACUUUGCGGCCACGUGCAACGCCGUUUUCGUGAGUUUUAACUAUCGUCUCGGGUUCUUCGGAUUUUUGUCACUCGGCACGCCCGAACUUCCCGGUAAUGUAGGCCUUUGGGAUCAGACCCUUGCGCUGAAGUGGGUGCAUGCCAACAUAGGCUACUUCGGAGGUGACUCAGAGCACGUGACGCUGUGGGGACACAGCGCUGGAGCUGCGUCCGCAGGAUUUCAUGCCGUCUCGCCUCAUAGUAAAGGCUUGUUUGACAAGCUUAUUCUGCAAAGUGGUACCCCUCUUUUUACGAUUCUCACAGUGUCUCACAAGCGAGUUGCGAGGUUUUUAGAGAUCUCAAGUGCACUUGGAUGUUAUAACUUCUCAAGGGAGUGGAUGUCUCAGGUGCCCGAUAUGAUAGAUUGCCUAAGAAAGAUAGACGCGCGUGAGAUAGUUGAAACAAUUUGCGCGGAAGCUCCACUUAGCCGAGUCUACCCUCCGGGCCACGGAGAUGCAUUUCUGCCAAACGACCCACUAGUGGAGGAUUCGUGGGAAAACUUAAACGUCAAGAGCAUUUUCGCAGGACACACCUCAAACGAAGGCACACUAGUUGUGCGCUACCUGCGCCAAGUGGUGCCUCAACUGAACAAUGUACAGGACAGCGACUACAGGUUCGCGAUGACUCUCGUCCUAUCGGGUCUUCUGGAUAUACCUGCCUCGGCUGGAAGAGAAAUUAUUAAGGCUUAUUUCGGGGACUACGACGUUGUUCACGAUGACGAAACUGUGUUUGCAAUCAUGGCCGAGGCCAUCGGAGACGUGGUGUUUAACUGCCCGGCAAACUUGUUGACUUCGAAGGCAUCGAAGCAGGGAAGAGGCGCUUACAAGUACGUGUUCGCUCAUCGACCUUCGUUCAGCCGUUGGCCAACUGAUGUUGGAGUGGGCCAUGCCGAUGACUUGCCCUUUAUGCUAGGGUCUCUAGUCACUCUCAGUGGUGCACAGAAUCGAGACUCUGCUUUGACGGGACAAUCAGCUGACGUGCCCACCCGCACAAAGGUUUCACCGCAAGAGUUGAACUUCACAAACGACCUGCUGCUGCUGAUGUCAUCUUUCUUAAGAACAGGGUGGGUUUCGGAAGGCUUUAUGUUUUUUUGCAUAAUAUGCUUCGGUUAA